CCCCUUGAGCACAGCAAUAUGGAGCUGGUCAAUAGGACAGAGAUCUCUGAGUUCUUCCUGAAAGGAUUUUCGGGCUACCCAGCCCUGGAGCACCUGCUCUUCCCUCUGUGCUCAACCAUGUACCUGGUGACCCUGCUGGGGAACACAGCCAUUGUGGCAGUGAGCAUCCUGGACGUCCGCCUGCACACACCCAUGUACUUCUUCCUGGGAAACCUCUCCAUCCUGGACAUCUGCUACACAUCUACUUUUGUGCCCCUUAUGCUGGUUCACCUCCUGUCGGCCCAGAAGACCAUCUCCUUUAUUGGCUGCGCCCUCCAGAUGUGUCUGAGCCUCUCCACAGGCUCCACGGAGUGUCUGCUUCUUGCCAUCAUGGCCUACGAUCGCUACCUGGCCAUCUGCCAGCCUCUCAGGUACCCCGUGCUCAUGAGCCCUCGGCUCUGCUUGUCACUGGCGGGAACCGCCUGGGUCCUCUGUCUCUUCAAAUCAGUGACUGAGACAGUCAUUGCCAUGAGGCUGUCCUUCUGCGGCCACCAUGUGAUUAAUCACUUCACCUGUGAAAUCCUGGCAGUGCUGAAGCUGGCGUGCAGUGACACCUCAGUCAGUGAGGCCCUCCUGCUGGCGGGGGCCAUCCUGCUGCUGCCUAUCCCCCUGGCCUUCAUCUGCCUGUCCUACGCCCUCAUCCUGGCCACCAUCCUGAGCAUGCCCUCAGCUGCUGGGCGCCGCAAAGCCUUCUCCACAUGCUCGGCACACCUGGCUGUGGUGAUGCUGUUCUAUGGCACCGUCAUAUUCGUGUACAUGAAACCCAAGAGCAAGGAGGCCCGCAUCUCCGAUGAGGUCUUCACGGUCGUCUAUGCUGUGGUCACACCCAUGCUGAACCCUGUCAUCUACAGCCUGAGGAACAAGGAAGUGAAGGAGGCAGCCAGGAAAGUGUGGGGUAGGAGCUGGACGUCCAAGUGA